AUGAACAAUCAUAGUAUCGCACAGAACGACCCCUUUUAUAAACUAAUUGAAAAACAAACUGAAGAGUUUAGAGAAUAUAUAAGAGUGAGUUUAGAUUUACAAAUUUCCUAUAAAGAUUAUUUGGUUCAGCAAAAUGGGAGAAAAUUUUGCAAUUCUACGGAUAACUCGAUUGAUUUCAAAAAAGUAUGUGAGAGAUAUGAAGAAAAAAUUGAUAAUCAAUCAAAAUUAAUCGAUUCUUUAAAAACUCGCAUCGAAGAAUUGGAAACGGACUCGAUUAUUAAAACUCAAAAUAUUAAAAAGCUUCAACAAGAAUUUAUUGAUUUCAAAAAACGAGAUACGAAAAGAACUACUUCGAGUACUUCGAGUAAAGUUGAAAGUAAUGAGGACGAAGACGAAGACGAGAUUUUGAAAAACGUUAAAACAGAAUCAAUAGAUACAAUAAUAUUCGAGGAUGAACAAGAAAUGUCCAAGCGAUUAAAAUCUUAUCAGAAAGCAGUAAUCAUCGCAGAACGAAAAAAUCUUGCCCGAAAUGAACGUAUCCAUGCUCUAGAAGCCUUAUUAAAAGAAGCACAAGAUAAACUCGUUUCCCAGAAUGAAAGGUCCGAAGAACAAUUACAAAAAGUGCGGGAACGUUUGGAAAAUACAAGAUCCCAAAAAUACUCUUCCUUUUCUGGCCUAACUUUUGGUAGCAUUGCAAAACCUCUCCGAGGUGGUUUAUCAGUAAAUAAGCAAUGA